CCACCCUUCUCCCCGAUGAACAUGUCAAGACAGUUUGGGGCACUAUUUCUCUUAUUUCUUCAAGGGUCAUUGGCUCAGCGAGUGAGGGUGGAGCCAGAAGUGGUGUCAUAUCCUGGUCAGACGGUGACCCUACGGUGCCAGUUUCCAAACCCGGGCAAUACCCAGCUCACUCAGGUGUCAUGGAUCCUAGAACCCACUGAAGGAGAUCGAACCAACAUUGCAGUUUUCCAUCCAAGCUUUGGGGUAAAUUACCCACCUCAAUCCCCUGUGGCAGGGCGUGUCAUUUUUUUGUCAAACCCGCCCUCUCUGGAUAAUCCAUCCAUUCAAAUAAAAGAUGUGAAAAUGACUGACGAGGGCCGAUACAUCUGUGAAUAUGCCACCUACCCUACCGGCAAUGAACAGGGUGUCUCUUCGCUGAUUAUGCUGGCUAAACCAAGGAACAUAGCUACUACUGUCACAGUUAACACUGGCAAUACCCCUGUCAUCGUAGCACGCUGUGAAUCAUCUAAUGGCCGUCCGGCAGCGACCAUUUCUUGGAACACAGCGGUAAACGGAAACGCGACAACGCCAGUGAAAACUAGCAAUCCAGAUAACACCGUCUCCGUCCAGAGUGUGUACAUGUUGAUACCACAGCCCUCGGAUAAUGGCAAAGACAUCAGCUGCAUGGUGUCACAUCGAACCAUGCCCCAACCUGAGACCUUCGCAAUGAAGCUUACCGUUCAAUAUCCUCCCCAGGUGCAGAUUGUAGGGUAUGAUAACAACUGGUACAAGGGUCGGACAAGUGCUUUUUUGACUUGUCAAGCUGAUGGAAACCCCGCCCCCACCACAGUCACCUGGAGAACUUUGUCAGGGCCGAUGCCUGACACAGUGCAGGUGAGGGAGAAUCGUCUUGCCGUGGUGAAUGUGGACGACAGCAUCAACACCACCUUCAUCUGUGAGGUCAGGAACAGUCAGGGAAGCGGCAGAGAUCAGGUCACCGUCUUUGUGAGAGAAAAAUCACCUUCCACCUCAAAUGUGGGUGUGAUCGCAGGCGUGAUCUUCGCAUGUCUCCUGGCCAUCUUACUGAUCGGCGGUCUUAUCUUCUAUCUGGUUACCCAUAACCGCCGCCAACAACAUGGUUACCGUGGUACCGGCAAACCAACCGGUGCUCCCUACGACUCCUUUACUCGCCUCUUCAGCUCUGCCAAAUCCAGUAAGAAUGGCACAGGAAACAACGGAAACAACAACACACCCAUUUACCGAGGAGAGGUGGGGCUUAAUGAGAAAGCAGCCAAUCAGGGCAUGCAUCCAGGGGGCAUGGCGCUACUUGAGACCACACAUACUCACACUGCGGAAGAUAUUUUGCUUAGCAGAGAGAUAGAUGAGAUAGAAAGGAAGAAGUUCGAUGAACUGGAAGAAGAGGAUGAGCGAUAUGACCAUUUCACUGGAGGCGGACCCAUCCUACAGCUCCGCCCACAUGAUGAUGACAUCGAUGAUGAUAUGGAGUCCCAGAGGGAUGGCUCUGUGAUCUCACGGACUGCUGUCUAUGUGUAAGAAGAGAGGAGAGAGAGGUUCUGAGCGGGUGAGCGACUGAAUAAAGAAAGAUUAAGAAAGAACACUGGACCUCCUCCAGCAGGAAUGUAUUUCUUCCUCUUAAUGAAUAUUAAUUUUAAUGUAAAAAACAAAUGAUGACAUCAAAUACCAUGAGAGAACGGACUAAUGGACGGAUUGCAUUAAUGAAUGGAUGAAUUGAUAUGCUGGAUAUAGCACAGUUUGAAGCACUGAAGGAUCGGGUAAAGGAAAUACAGACUAAUAAAGGCAAAGCUGUCACGCUUUCAAUUCCUAAUUAUUGAUCUAGUCGCCAUGGUGACAGGUCCUAAGAGUAAUCCGAAACUUCAGAUGUUGACGCACCGUAAUAUAUAUGACAUGCACACACAUGAAGUUGAAUUUAAAUCCACUGUGCUGUUGGUUAUCCAAGUUUUUCCAUUUCUGUUGAUCAUGAUUUAAUUACUUCAGACUUGAUUCACUCAACAAUGUUGAGUUUGGGUGGAGCACACACUUUCUGCCUUUUCCCUACAUCUGUCUCUCAUUUCUGUGGAAUUUUUCCUUGUGUCUUUUGUGUAGAUUUUGAAUAAGUCAAAGAUGAACAGUGCUUUUCAUAUAUUACACAAUCAAUCAAACUGCUAUUUUCCUGUCUAAUAUUAUAAGUCACGACUAUGACUUUCCUUCCUGUAAUUUACCCUUACACUUCUCUGUCUUGAGAUAAGUGUACAGUUCACUCUGAGACACUCAUUAUACAGCACUCAAUAGCUGAAUCAUGUGACCUGACUCACAAGUGAAUCAGUUGGUUCCAAGGCUAAUCAAAUCAAAAGUUAAUGAAUGAUGUGUGCGUUUUUCUGGGAAAACAAUGUUCUAGAUGGGUUCAACGCAGUGUGAGUUUUUAGGUAGAGAAAGGUUAUUCCUGCACAUUUACAGUUUCCCUAUGCGUUAGAUGAGGCCUAUUGUGAUAAACCAUAAAAACAAUGUACUGUAGCAUAUCACUGUAAGAAUACAAACAAGGCAUGUCAGGGUUUAAAUGUCACAUUAGAGGAAAGAAUCCAUCAUAUAAUACAUCCAACUAAAUAGAAUUAGAACUACAGUAUAGUGCAAAAAAACUAAAUAUUUUUCUGAAACAUUUUUGUCUUGUUUUCCAGUUAAAAUACCUAAACAUCCUUGAAACAAUAUACUCGAGAAGUGUUAUUGUUUAAGGUCCAGUAUUAAGAUGUAUUCUUAGAAAUAAUAAUUUUUCUUGUUUUACGCUUAAACCUCACAACAUUUUGUUCAAUUCAUGCUUUAAAAAAAAUCGAAUAAAUUAAAUAAUUUCCAGUAGGAUAUAAAAAGCUUAAUAAGUCUCAGUUUUGCUAAAUAAGGGAUUCUCACUAAAUCUGGUGUAGGUGCUGGUGAACCCCAAAUCAUUGCAUAACAAAUAGCAAUUACAUUUUGCUUAAGGAAAAUGAAGCAUACAUUUAGGACCGUUAGAAAUGUUGGCAUCAUGUUGUCAUUUUGAGUACUCUAAAGCACAUUUUACCCCAUGGUACCAUAAUGCAUUCGGAGGUUUUACAUUUGCUAUUGACAUUGUUUUAAAUGAUGAUUCUCAUAACCAUAAGUCUUUUUUUUUUUUUUUUUUUUUUUUUUUACUUUAUUAAAGUAAAAGGGUGUUGCACAAUUAUUUUUUCACAUUCAUUAAAAAUCUUUAAAAAUGAAAUGCAGGACUGAGGUAUAUUACAAUGAUGUUUUUAAUAAUAUUUGUUAUUGCAGUAUUGAGAAUGGGGGAGAAAUUUGCGUAACUGCCAUGAAAAUGAUGCCACAAUGUAGAACAUCUUAAUUUUCUUUAUGCAAAAUAUAAUUUCUUAUUUGUUUCUUUUGGCUUAAGAGUAAUUUCGGACCAGAACAUUUUCUUGACAGGUUUGGUGAAGAAUCACCCAUAUUGUAAAGUAAAUGUAAAGGAUGUCUAGAUAUUUUAACUUGUAAACAAAACAAAAACCCUAAUUAAGAAAAUUAUUUUUGUAGUGUUCAUUUAUGAAGUGAUAUUGAAUCCACUUAUGUACAUCUAACAAAUCUAUAUUUAUAACUAUACUCCACGUCCAAGGUGGUUACCAUGGCCACACAGCUAAAUAUGCCUCUCCUCUAAUAGUGCAGUUAUGCAUCUCUUGCUCUGUUAUUUCUUUAAGUGUUGUUCCUCUCAGUUGGGAAAGAUUCAUGGCGGAGCAGGGAGGAAAUUAAAUGAAGCUCUUCAAUGAGUGAACGAUGUGAGGUGAUUGUAAACUACUGUAUGUACACAUUUUAUUUUUCUUAAAACUGACAAAUGUCUAUACUUCUAAAUGUUGUAAAUAAGGAGACAGGGCGAGGUUAAUAUCCAGGAAGAAUGUUGUGCAUGUCAGCUACGGCUUUGUGUGAAUAAAUAAGGCCAAUUUCUAUAUGAGAGCACAUAUCACAUUUAUAUCAGUAAUCCAGUGUCAACUGUAUUUCACCUAUUGGUUACCACUGCUCUAAAUAAAGAGUUCUUUAUACACUUUCACAUGGGGAGGCUCUCUAUCAGCUGUGUGUGUGUGUGUGUGUGUGUGUGUGUGUGUGUGGUGUCUGACUCGAGGGCAGUGAGUUAUUCCUCUAUGCCCUCAGGGUCUCAUACACACAUACACACUGUGAUUUAAACUGAACAUCACACACAUACUCACACUCUUGCUCUCUUUAAAUCAUUUGUCAGGGUAGCUGCCCUUGAGUCUAUAAGUGUCCCUCUCUGUUUCCGACCAUGAGCGGGCACACUGGGUACUGUAGUGUUGUUUUUUGUGGGUUGUCAUCUUGUUUCAGCUGCCCUAUUAGGGUGACGUCUGGAUCAAUGACAUUUAAAAGAGUUGUCGUCACCUUUGAAAAGGUGGUCAGUCUGACAGGCCAAUUCAGUCUCGACCCUGAUGGACUGAUGGCUCUGAUCUGCUUCCAGCCUGGCAGUGUGACUGGCAUUGAAUAGGCCGGGCUUCAACACAACCUAGUUAGAUCCUGAUUGAAAGGUCAGACUGCAAGCAGUCCUUUCAUUGUGAGAGUAGAGGAAGGGAUGUCGUCACUCGUUCUUGGAGAUGCAAAGCAUUUCAUCUCAUAAGAUGAGAACGCACUGACCUUCCAGCUCGCUAUCUCCACCAGGAGUUCGGUAAUGAAGGAAUGGAUGCCUUGAGAAUAUUAAGGAAGCCACCUCUGCGGUGGGAGUUUGAGUAGAUUUCUGGAGAUAUCUUAAAGGGAUAGUUCAUCCAUGGAAAUUCUGUCAUCACUUACCCUCAUUUAUUCUAAACCCAUAUGAAUUUCUUUGCUCCUUUGUGCACAAAAUAAGUCAUUCUGCCUAACAUCUCCUUUUGUGUUUCAUAGAAGAAAAUUCAUACAGGUUUGGGACAACUUGAGGAUGUGUAAAUGAUGAAUUUUUCACUUUUUGUUUUUGCUGAACUAUUCCUUUAAUAAUGAAAUGUUGUAGUCUCCUCAAUGACAUAGUCCAUCACUUUCUGGUUUAGAUGUACUAUCGUCCUUGUGCGCGCACACAUUUAAAAGCCUUAAUAUUACCUGUCACAAAAUAUCCCCCUUCUAUAUAUAAAUAUAAAUAUAUUAACAUAAGAUGAAGAACAAGGCUAAAUGGUGAAGUCACAUCUUUGUGUAUGUACACAACACUGCUGUGAGCAUAAAGGAUGAAUAGUUUUAGUUGAGAUUUAUAUCUGUUGAUUUUACUGUUGUUUAUUUUAUUUCUGUAAUUUUUUUGCCUGUAAAUUGUUUGUGCUGUAAACUGUUGAGCGGUGCUUUCUCAUGGACACAGAAAUACAUCUGUACUAAAUGCUUUACCACCAUGUGUUGCUUUUAAUUUUUGUUUUGGUUGUCUGAAAAUGUUUUAAAAUUGCAGUCUUUGUAAUAUUGUAUUUUUUUAUUUGGUUGCUAUUAUUAAAGUCUUGCUGAUAAUUGACAGUGAUCUUGGUAUGUGUUGAAUGUCCUGGGACUCCAUUAAAUCCCUUGUGCUUUGUUUCCCUGCAGUCUUUUCAGUCUGGGUUUCUGGGUUGUGAAUGGUGAGUGAAUGUGUGUCUCUCUUGACCUGUCACAGAAAACACUGUGGACUGUAAUGGAGCUAAAUAGGCUUAGCGAAUUGCGUGAACAUAAAGCUUUAUUUUUGAAUCCUUUGCCAUUGUAAAGCAAAAUAGGUGU